UCUAAAGACAUGCAUCGGAGGCACGCCACCCUUCGGGAGAAGGGCCGGCGGCAGGCCAUCCGGGGCCCUGCCUACAUGUUCAACGAGAAAGGCACCAGCCUCACCGCAGAGGAGGAACAUUUCCUCGAUUCUGCGGAAUAUGGCAACAUCCCYGUUGUGCGAAAAAUGCUGGAGGAGUCCAAAACCUUGAACUUCAACUGCGUCGAUUACAUGGGACAGAACGCCCUCCAGCUGGCGGUGGGGAACGAGCACCUGGAAGUGACGGAGCUGCUCCUCAAGAAGGAGAACCUGGCUCGGGUCGGGGAUGCCCUUUUGUUGGCCAUCAGUAAAGGAUAYGUGCGCAUCGUGGAAGCGAUAUUGAACCACCCCGCCUUCGCGCAAGGACAGCGCCUCACGCUCAGCCCCCUCGAGCAGGAGCUGAGGGAUGACGAUUUUUAUGCUUAUGAUGAGGAUGGAACUCGGUUCUCCCAUGACAUUACCCCCAUCAUACUUGCUGCCCACUGCCAGGAGUAUGAAAUUGUUCACAUCUUGCUACUAAAAGGCGCACGGAUUGAAAGGCCUCAUGACUAUUUUUGCAAGUGCAAUGAAUGUAUUGAAAAGCAGAGGAAAGACUCCUUUAGUCACUCUCGCUCGAGAAUGAAUGCCUACAAAGGAUUAGCCAGUGCUGCUUAUUUGUCUCUGUCCAGUGAAGACCCUGUCCUUACUGCUCUAGAGCUAAGCAAUGAACUGGCCAGACUAGCCAACAUUGAAACUGAAUUUAAGAACGACUAUCGGAAGUUAUCUAUGCAAUGCAAGGACUUUGUGGUGGGGGUGCUGGACCUGUGCAGAGACACUGAGGAAGUGGAGGCCAUUCUGAACGGAGAUGUGAACAUCCAUUUGUGCCCUGAGCACCACCGRCCCAGCCUGAGCAGGAUUAAACUCGCUAUUAAAUACGAGGUCAAAAAGUUCGUCGCUCACCCCAACUGCCAGCAGCAAUUGCUCACCAUGUGGUACGAAAACCUCUCAGGCCUACGGCAGCAAUCCAUAGCUGUGAAGUUCCUGGCUGUCUUUGGGGUCUCCAUUGGCCUGCCCUUCCUGGCCAUUGCCUACUGGAUUGCUCCCUGCAGCAAGCUGGGACGGACCCUUCGAAGUCCUUUCAUGAAGUUUGUGGCUCAUGCAGUUUCUUUCACAAUCUUCCUUGGACUGUUGGUAGUGAACGCUUCGGAUCGGUUUGAAGGGGUCAAAAAUCUCCCCAAUGAGACCAUCACGGAUCAUCCAAAACAAAUAUUCAGAGUCAAAACAACUCAGUUCUCAUGGACAGAACUGCUGAUCAUGAAGUGGGUGUUGGGUAUGAUAUGGUCAGAGUGCAAGGAGAUCUGGGAGGAGGGUCCACGUGAAUAUGUGGUGCAUCUCUGGAACCUGCUGGACUUUGGGAUGCUGUCCAUCUUYGUGGCUUCAUUCACUGCCAGGUUCAUGGCUUUUCUCAAAGCAUCUGAGGCACAACAGUAUGUAGAUCAGUACGUUCAGGAUGAUGACCUCAAUAAUGUCACCCUUCCCCCUGAAGUUGCUUACUUUACCUAUGCCAGGAACAAGUGGCUCCCCUCGGAUCCUCAGAUCAUUUCAGAAGGCCUGUAUGCCAUAGCUGUGGUACUCAGCUUCUCCCGCAUUGCUUACAUUCUUCCAGCCAACGAAAGCUUCGGCCCCCUGCAGAUCUCCCUGGGCAGGACUGUGAAGGAUAUCUUCAAGUUCAUGGUCAUCUUCAUCAUGGUGUUCCUAGCCUUCAUGAUUGGGAUGUUCAACCUCUACUCUUACUACCUUGGUGCAAAGUACAACCCCGCGUUUACAACGGUAGAAGAAAGUUUUAAAACCUUAUUCUGGUCAAUAUUUGGCUUAUCUGAAGUGAUAUCUGUGGUGCUGAAGUAUGACCAUAAAUUCAUUGAGAAUAUUGGAUAUGUACUCUAUGGAGUAUAUAACGUGACUAUGGUGGUUGUGCUGCUCAAUAUGCUAAUAGCCAUGAUCAACAACUCCUAUCAGGAAAUUGAGGAGGAUGCAGAUGUGGAGUGGAAGUUUGCACGUGCCAAGCUCUGGCUAUCCUACUUUGAUGAAGGAAGGACUUUACCUGCUCCUUUUAAUCUAGUGCCAAGCCCUAAAUCAUUUUAUUAUCUCAUACUGAGAAUAAAAAUGUGCCUCAUAAAACUCUGCAAAUCUAAGGCCAAAAACUGUGAAAAUGACCUUGAGAUGGGGAUGCUGAAUUCCAAAAAACGGAAGAUCAUGAAGCGUCUGAUCAAGCGCUACGUGCUGAAGGCUCAGGUGGACCGAGAAAACGAUGAGGUCAAUGAAGGAGAACUUAAAGAAAUCAAACAAGAUAUUUCCAGUCUCCGCUAUGAACUCUUAGAGGAGAAGUCCCAAGCUACUGGUGAGCUGGCGAAACUAAUACAGCAGCUGAGUGACAAGCUUCAAUUGAACAUUCUGACCAAAAAAAAAGAAAAAAAGAGAAAAAGCAAAUAUAGGAAAAAUCAUUGUAGAAAUUGUUGUCUUAUGUUUUUGGCUCUUACAAAAGAUGAGAAAGGGAUUCAAACUGUUCUAAGGCUGUGGUAAUAACAAAGAUCACACUUUUACGACAGGAAAGUUGUGAGUCUGUGCAACACAACUGCAAACGUGGAUGGCUUGGGUUUUCAUGGUUGACUAAAUGAUUUCAACUACUUAAAGCACACCYUACUACUUGGGAACCAUGGAACUGGACUGUUUGUUUACAAGAGACAGCUAUAAAAUAAACACAACAUUUGGGUUUCAGCUGAGACAAACAAGCAGAGCCAGAASGGGACCUGUGAUCAGUUC